AUGUUCGCUCAGCCAUUCGAUCAUUCGUUCAAUGACAUCUUCGACCAGUUUGUCAAUGUGGAGUCUUCGGGCCCCGAUGGCAACAAAGACUCGUUCUCUGGUGAUUUUGACCAGCUCUUCCCGCUAGACUCACUGUCGAGUGACUGUGGCGAUCACUCCCCCACUGGCUCCACUUUGAAGCGCCAUCAAUCACCGCAACCCUGGAGCCAAGAAUGGUCCCUGCAGGACGACGGAUCUCAGUUCGCUUUUCAAGACACUAUCCACCCAUCUGCAAUUUCCGACCUGGAUUUCAAGCACACCUUUGAAACUUCUUCCCACCCAACACACACAAACGGUGUCUCUACUACUUCUCCAUCUACCCCACCGGCAACUCCCCGCCGCAACAAAGCUACCAAGAGUGCUCUUAUCACCCCCAAGUCCAUCCGCCAUCGCGACCCGAAUGAGCGUCGUGGACUUUUGCGCAAGCAAAGUUUUUCGCCCAGCUUGAUGCGUUCUUCCAACCUACACAAGGGAAUAAUGGCAUACCCCGAGGCAUGGGCCCAACGGAUCCAAAAUUUCACUUUGGCCGGCUCAGAUGAUCGCCUUCCUUUGUCUCCCCCACCUUCAGAUGUUCUGGUUCAGCACGAGCACCUCUCUACCGACAUUAUCAACCACCGGGAUUCCGCCGAUAUGCAAGCGCAUUUCUAUCAGCGAUCCCCCGCAGUUUCCAUGCCAUCUCCUUCCAUUGGUGCGCUAGCACGACACCAGCAACAAUAUAUGAGCCACCCAAGCUCCUCGGCUUUGACCAAUUCCAGCCCUCCUUCUGCAGAUGACAUUUUCUCUUCUUCACACUCCUCCGAUCCUCAAUCCAUCUCCUCAUGGCAAUCCGAUAACCUUGGCACCUCCUCCCUAUCUUUCACUCCCGAUCUACAAGCUGCUGACCAGGCUUGGUGGUCCCCCAUGCCUUCUCGAGUUGCGCAACAGCAGAACUCUUACCAAAAAAUGGUCCCUUCCCCAGUCCCCCAACGCACCAUGCAAAGCGUUGGCUCUCAAAAUGAUAUGAUGCAAGGUGGACUAAUGAUCCAAUUGGAUGCGCCUUUUAACAUGGCCGGCGACUCUUCCUUCUCCAACAACAUGCUCCCCCACUCUCACAAGUUCAUGGCACCUGCCACCGCUCCUCAGGUCCUUGACUCCCGUUCUCCUUCAUUAUCUCCCAAAGCUGGUACUUCACCAAAGAAGUCCAACCACCGCCGCACACACGGCCGCAAGCUCUCAGGUCAGAGCAUGAACGGCCCUAAGCCGGCCAAGAUCACAAGUCCCCGAGGGGCCGCCAAAUCAGCAAAUGUAUCAUUUGUCAACUUCACCGCCCACGACAGCCAACGCAUCCUCGGUGGCGUUGCACCCUCUGGUAGCUCCAAGACGAAGGCCCGUCGGGAGCAAGAGGCUCGUGACAAGCGCCGCAAAUUGAGUGAGGCAGCUCUUUUGGCUGUCCGUAAUGCGGGUGGUGAUGUCGAAGCCCUGGAAGCAGCUUUCUGCUAA